AUGAACCUGAAUAAUGCAGAAACAACGGAAAGAACCAUCAUUCUGUUCGAUGAUGGCGCUCAACUAAACUGCAUGGAGGAAAUUGGAUAUGACAAGAUGAGGAUUGCCCCAUUCGCCGAUGAAAAUCCAAAACUAUCCACUGUGGCAAGGGCACCGCUCGGAAUAAAAACCAUAGAAAACGAAUUGUACCCAUAGCAUACAAGAAAACCCAAUCUUCAUGAUAAUGAACAAGUAUUGGAGAAGUUUAAAGAAAAUAUCUUUAAAGUCAACGGAAAAUAUCAAGUAGCUUGGCCAUUAUCAAAGGACAAACUAAAGAAAAGAAUCAAAGGAAUCGAAGGGAAAGAAUCAAAGGACAAACUAACGGACAAAUUAACGGUCAAUUUUGGACUGUGUUUCCGCCGUCUAAUCAACUCAAUGGGAGACUAUUACACAAGUACGACGAAACGAUCCAAAAAUAAUUACGGUCCAACGUCAUCGAAAAAAUGCGUUCAGAAAUGGACCAGAUUGUAUUAUCCAUUACUUACCUCAUCAUGA